AUGAUUGACGAAACUGAUUCUAUCAAUUUAAGAUCAUCACCAGGUCGUCCACAUACAGCUCGAACUAAAAGUACUAUCAACAAGGCCAAAAAGAAGCUACAACAAAAAAAGGUAUCAAAUAGAAGACUUGCACUUGAACUAGAUGUAUCUCGAACAAGUGCUCAACGGAUUCUUCGGAAUGAUCUUGGCUGUCGACCGUAUAAAUAUUUGGUCGAACCAGCACUUACCGAAGAACACAAAGAAAAAAGAAAAUGGUUUGCUAACUGGAUAAGAACAAACUUUCGAAAGCAGGAAACAUUGAAAAUUCUGUUUUCUGACGAAAAGAUGUUCGACAUUGAUGGAGUUUAUAACACCCAAAAUGACCGUAUUUGGGCUGUAAAUCGUGCUGAAGUCAAUGAAAAAGGUGGUAUUCUGCAGAAAAAAUCUUUUUCUCAGAAGGUGAUGGUUUGGCUUGGCGUUUGUUCCAAAGGUGUAUCUCCAUUGAUGAUAUUUGAUGAAGGCACAGUCGGUCAUGCUCGAUAUAUUAAAGAAGUGCUUCCUGUGGCACUUAAAUAUGGGAAUUACGUCUUUGGAAAUGAUUGGACAUUCCAACACGAUGGUGCCAAACCCCAUAUUCAUCAGUUAACACAACAAUGGUGUCAUGACAAUUUUUCGGGAUUUAUCGAUGAAGACCAUUGGCCACCAAAUAGACCCGAUCUUAAUCCAUUGGAUUACUGUAUUUGA